AUACGCAUGCGCUCUAGAAAGUCGUUUCUUGUUCCGAGAACAAAGGUAGUAGUGUUAGAGUUGAGAUAUCACUGUUAAGAUUUUAUUAUUGGAAUUGCGAUUAUACUGUUGUCAUGUCGGGGAGAUACAGAGAUAGUGCCCCUUUGGAUUGUAAAGUGUAUGUUGGUGAACUUGGAAAUAAUGGGUCAAAGCACGAGUUGGAAGAAGCCUUUGGAUAUUAUGGUCCUUUGAGAAGCGUUUGGGUGGCAAGAAAUCCUCCUGGAUUUGCCUUUGUAGAAUUUGAAGAUCCAAGAGAUGCAAGAGAUGCCACUCGAGCUUUGGAUGGAAAGUCACUUUGUGGACGCCGAGUGAGAGUUGAGAUGUCUAGUGGUAAAUCUAGACACAGUCAAUAUAGAGGACCUCUUUCAAGAUCUUUCAACCCAGAAGAUCGUUGCUAUGAUUGUGGAGAGCGUGGCCAUUAUGCUAGAGACUGCCGUAAAGUAAGCAGACGAUAUAGGUCCAGGUCUCGUUCUCGCCGUACACGUUCUAGAAGCCACUCCCGUGGUCGUUCGGUAAGCCGCAGUCGAUCUAGAUCACGCAGCAGAAGUCCAGUAGCCAAACCCAGCAGAAGUCGUAGUGGUAGCAGAAAGCGUAGUGUAUCCCGAAGCAGAUCUGGCUCACGUAACCGUUCCAGUCGAUCAAAAAUCAUCAAGGACUCGGCAGAGAGAUCACCAUCCAAAUCUCCUGUUAAUGAGAAAAAUGACAGUUGUGAUAACUAGUUGAUGGGAACUAUCAUUUAGUGUGACUAGCAGCUGGAGAAAAAAAUGUUGAAGUUAAAAUAAAAUUAGACAUUUUAGUCUGUUAAUUUCUGCUAUUCAUUUUUUAUAGUUUCUGUAACAGUGGGUGGGAAGUAGUUUUUUUAUAUAGGACUCUAGACUGUUAACAUUCGGUUGUAACAAAUAUUCUGUAUAUGAAGUCAAACUGAUUGAAUGACAAGCUUCUGUGUAACAUCUUUUAAUUGCUUUAUUUAAUCCAACCUAUAUAACUCCACUACAAAACAAACUAGAAAAAUAUGUAUAAUUAGUAUUAUUCAGUUAAGUUUUAAGUGGGGUAGAUAGCACGAAUUAUUAGUAUUUUGUAUUUAAAGCAGAUUGUGCAAGUGUUAGCUAGAUUAAAAAAAGAUAAAAGUAACUGUUUAAGAGUCCUCUAUGUCUUAUCUAUCUUUGUUGGUUUCAAAAUUUCCAUUAAAGAAUCCAACUUACGAACAUUAUGUGGACACUUUUUUUUUUUAUGGCUGCAGGUUUUUGUGACUUUAUUUGACCAUUUAUUCUUGUUGUAAUUGCUACAACUUGUCAAUAGCUUGAAAUUAAAAGCAUCUGGGAAAAACCCCAUCAAGUAUAGUGAACCAAUAUGUUGUUUUUUUUCUGUUGUACUUUCAGCUCUUUUAUAAAUAAACAUCAGCAGUUUUUGUGUUUAUUAUAA